AGUAAAUUUCACGUGUUGUUGUGUACAUGCUGGUGUUGUUGUUACUGGUUGCUAUGCUAACUAGACAUUCAGCAAUACUAUCGGAAUAACAUUAUUUCACAGUAUCUCACUCCUGUUUCUGUAUAAACCGCGGAAGUGCUUUUGUAAAAUGAAAGUGGUCGCGUUGAUAAGUGGGGGCAAAGACAGCUGCUACAACAUGAUGCAGUGUGUUGAUGCAGGACACAGGAUCGUAGCUCUGGCCAACCUGCGCCCAGCCAACACAGAUGAGCUGGACAGCUACAUGUACCAGACGGUUGGUCACCAGGCCAUAGACCUGUACGCGGAGGCCAUGGAGCUGCCCCUGUACAGACGCACCAUCCGGGGGGCCAGCCUGAACACGGGCAGGGACUACAGGGAGACAGAGGGGGACGAGGUGGAGGACCUCUAUCAGCUGCUGCUCACGGUCAAGGAAAAGGAGGGCGCGGAGGCCGUGUCUGUGGGAGCCAUUCUGUCUGACUAUCAGAGGGUCCGAGUGGAAAAUGUGUGCAUGCGUCUGGGCCUGCAGCCCCUGGCCUUCCUUUGGCGCCGCGACCAGGAGACACUGCUCUCCGACAUGAUAUCAGCUGACCUCCACGCCCUCCUCAUCAAAGUGGCCGCUUUAGGCCUGGAUCCUGAGAAGCACUUAGGCCAACCCCUGGCUGCCAUGGAGCCCUAUCUGAACCAGCUCCACAGGAAGUACGGCAUCCACGUGUGUGGGGAGGGCGGGGAAUACGAGACCUUCACCCUCGACUGCCCGCUCUUCAAGAAAAGAAUCGUUAUUGAUGCCAUGGAGACGGUGAUCCACUCUGCCGACGCCUUCGCCCCGGUCGGCUACCUCCGCUUCACCGGAAUGCACACGGAGAACAAGGACGACGUGAGUCCAGCAUUACAGUUAGCUCAUGUCAUCCCUCCAUGCUCGGGUGGCGGGGCUGGGCCCCUUCCUUCUUGUCCUUGCCAGAGCGCCAUCGACAGAAUGACAGAGGAGGCAGAAUAUGCUGAUCAAGCCCAAGACAUCCAGCUAGAAUUUACAUCAAACGCCGACCUUAGUUGUCAGUCGGGCCGUGGUCACCCCCCCUCCUGCUCUCCCAGGACAUCCAGAGGAUACCAGUGGUUCUCGGGGGCUCACAGCCCAGACCCCGGAAUCCACAACCAGACCAUGGCUGCUUUACACUGUGAGCUGGAGACGAGAGGUUGGCAGAUGACGCACGUCGUCCUGCUCCACCUGUACGUGAGGAGCAUGGAGGACUUCAGCGCCAUCAACGCCGUCUACAGGACGCACUUCGGUCACAACCCUCCAGCCAGGGUGUGUGUGCAGGCCCCUCUGCCCCCUGGCCAGCUCCUCCAGGUGGACUGCCUGCUGCAGGACUGGCCCCAGCCGGCCCCUGAGAAGGAGGAGGAGAAGGAAGAGGAGGACUCCUUCCACCAGAGAGAGGCCCUGCACGUCCAGAGCCUGUCCCACUGGGCCCCCGCCAACAUCGGGCCCUACAGCCAGGCCCUCAGGGUGGACGAGGCUGUGUUCUGUGCCGGCCAGAUCGCCCUGGUCCCCUGCUCCAUGCAGCUGGUGAAGGCCGGCGUCGGGCCCCAGGCCCGGCUCUCCUUCAGCCACGUGGAGAAGGUUCUGGAAGCGGUGGUGAGCGACCUGACGCUGGCCCACGUCCUCCAGGCCCACUGCUACGCCACGCGGAGCCGGGACGUCGCCGCCAUCAGGGAGGUCUGGGAGAGCAAGCUGAGGACAGCAGCAAGCCACGAGGAGCUAUCCGGGGAGCCAGAGGUCCAACGUGCACCUUUAGUGGUCGCCGUGGUGCCCGCCUUGCCAAGGGGCGCAGCCGUCGAGCUCCACGUCACCGCCGUCCUCGACACCCUCGAGGAACGGACUUCCUGUCACAUGACCACGGAGUUGGCAUGUGGUUCCAUAGAGUGCUGGGGCCUGGUGUCCAGCACCAGCCUGUGUGCCACCCUCUCCCUGGCCCUGUCGGUGCCCAGCGCAGCGCCCGCGCCCGCAGACACGGAAGAGAUUCUCCGGGCACUGUGUGCCACCUUCCAGAGGGCCACGCAGAAGAUGGCCGCUGGGCUAACUCCGCUGUGUGCCAGGGUGUUCUACAAGUGCGGCCACUCCCUGUCUGGACGCCUGGUCGCAGGCCUGGAGGAAUGUUUGAGGAUGACCCUAGAUCAGUCCAGUCCAGCUGUAGUGCUGGUUCCAGUUCUGGACCUGCCCGACUCCCUGAUCCUCCACCUGUCCUGCUGGCUCAGUCUGUAGACUCAGCGAGAGAGAGUACAUCCACACAGAGAGACUGUUGGACGGUUCUGGGCCUCAGCAACAGUUCUGGAGGAGAAACCACAAUGAGACCUCUUUAGACCGUGAAGAUGACCGAUUGUGCAAAUGUUUGUGUAGAUGUGAACACCAUUGUGCACACUUGAAUAGCAAAGAUGGAAACUUGAUCUUGAAGCCUUCGUCUUAUACAAUCUGUGUGUGUGUGUGCGUGUGAGUCCGCAUGUGUGAGUGCGUGUGAGUUUGGUGCGUGUGCACGUGAGUGCGUGUGCGCGUAAGCAUGUGUAUGCGUUUCCGCGCGCGCGCGCGUGUAAGCGUAGUAUGUCUAUGGAAGUGCCCAACACCAUAGCCUCUAAUCCACUGUAUCCGUCCCCUAAGCUCAGAGCAGCUGUCACGCAGGCAGCCACAGAGGAGACAGGCCUGCCCAGCAUACCAGAGGACAGGAGCCCACAGUAACCCAGAGAGAGAGAGAGAGAGAGAGAGAGAGAGAGAGAGAGAGAGAAACAGUAGGGGUAUCUCUGACCAGACACACAUCCCUUGGCUCAUCCCUGGAUCUCCUGCUGUUAGUGCCGGAGUCACGGCAGCUCCACCACCACCACUACCACACCAGCUGUGCUGUGCAGAGAGGCAGCCCAUGGCCUGGCGAGGUGGCCCGGCCUGCUGGUCUGCUCCGUGGUGGGAGGAGAGCAGGGGGCCUUUGUUUGUUUCUCCCUCAUGCUCCACAGCUCAAAGACGUGUUAUUAUAGAGUAAUAGGCAAUCAGGAGCAAGCCACCUGAAGAGAUUAAGGCUCCUCAUAGUCCCCAUCGAUUCGAAGGCUUCUCUGGUUAAUAGGAAAGGGACGUUCCCCGCACAGCUGCAGGGCAAGGUCCUCCUGGGUGGGUGUGUGUGUGUGCAUAUACCUGUGUGUGCGCUUGUGUGUGUGUGUGUGUGAUCACAAGUGGUGUGAUUGUGUGGGAAGAAAACAGUGCCAUUAACUAUUGCUUCUGGAACAUUUCGUUUUCUCAAAGAUCGCGAACCAUAUUAUUGACGAGCUCAAUUGGAAUGCGCCUUCGCCCAGGCUCCUCCCUCCAUUGUGUUGGAGACGGAGGGCACGGAGAGGGGGUAUUGAUCCGCACCCAUCUGCCUGCCGCUCUCAGCACUGUUAUCAAAAAUUGAACAAUAGCGACAACCAACGGAGCCUGAAGAUUUGCUUUACUUGUUUUCUAUCGGAGGUCGAUAAAUUUAAAAACAAACAAGCAAUUGUCCAUGAGGGCGAUAGCACCAUAAAUAUCCACGUUAAGUUCAGUAUUGUGAUUUACCUCGAGGUCAGGGCAAAGUGUAUCAGGGGAACUCCCACAGUAUCAGUAGCAGGAGCUGGUUUCAGCUGGCUAUAUCUAUGUGUUGUACUUGUUGUGUUUGGGUUAGAGCUGUCUCAUUAAAAUGCUGAACACAUGGGAGUCGUCCACACUUUUCUUCUCUAUUGAACUUAUUGAACUUGAGUCCAAAGCUAUGUAUAAGGAAAAUAUAUUUCAUGUUCAAGAGGAGCCAGGGACCUCGCUGUGUACUGCAGGACUCGGGGUUAACUUGACUGCAGCGGACACCACUGUGGUAUUGAGACACAUUGUUGUGGUCGUGGUACAGUAUGUGUGGAAAAAAAAACCAAGUGAAAAACAACAACUGGGAGCAAUCUUUCGGUUAGUCUGUGGCACUGAGGCCUCUAAAUGGGUGUGCCACACACGCAGCCAGACAACCACUUGUCGAUGAGCACAACAAAUACUAGUAUGUUCUUCAGGCAGACAAACACAGCCACCGCCACAAGAAUGCAGUCUUCCUCCUAACAUAACCAGUGUGUCUAAGCUACUCUUCAGCAUCUGUAUUUCUUUUGUUUCCACAACCACCACGUCGCCUCAGAAAUAUGAAUAAAGACAGGAUGACAUUUCGUUUUU